AUGUGGGCAUCCCAGGCGGCCGACAGAUUACCACCGACACCGAAAUUUAGGAUAAUCUUCCUGUGGAGGCAUCCCCCUGUCUUGGUGUUGGCGCCCAUUUCCAAGCCUCCAGCAGCAGGGCGCAAGGUCACUGUGGGUGCCAGCUGCAGCGUCGCUGGCGAUGGUCGCGGCGCCAGCAGCGGCAGUAACUGCGACGGCAGAGGCCGAGGCGCACCUGCCUCUUCGUACCAUCUCAAGUCGAGAGGCCGCAGCUUCUCGUCGGUCAGCAAUCUGGGCGAUCGGUCUCGCCUGGAGUGCCGCGCGGGGAAGAUCGCCGUGUCUGGCCGCUAUCACGAGCAGACCGUCCGGAUCGAGGACGACUACGACAUCCACGACGCGGUCUGUGGCGUUGGCCACGGCGGGCAGGUCCACGUAGCCACCAGGAGGGGCUUGCCGCGUGGGCGGCAGAGGUACGCCAUCAAGGCGUUUGACAUCGCCAACGCUUCGGAGAAUUCACGAAAGCGGUGGGCAGAGGAGGUUGAAGUUUUUCUCUACAUGGACCAUCCGCACAUCGCUCGUCUGUACGACGUGUACGACCACGGGGACAAGUUGUACCUCGCCAUGGAGCUGAUGGAGGGCGGCGAGUUGUUUGACCGGGUGGUGAAGCAGAGGGCCCUCGCGGAGCUGGAGGCAGUGGAUAGCACCACGCAGAUCCUUUGGGGGUCAGCGGUUCUCCACAGCCACAACGUGGUGCACCGUGACCUCAAGCUUGAGAACAUCGUAUUCGACAAGCAGGGCAGUAGCAUACUGAAGUUGAUAGAUUUUGGAUUUAGCAGGAUUUGGGAGCCUGGCGUGAACAUGGAUGCGGAGCUUGGAACGCCAGGGUACAUGGCGCCUGAGGUCUUAAGCGGCAGUUACACCAGCCAAUGUGACCUCUGGAGCGUAGGGGUCAUCGUUUUCACCAUGCUGUCCGGCUACGCGCCCUUCCCCGGCACACGGGCCGAGCAGAAGACCAACGUCAAGUUAGGAAGGUUUCACAUGUGUCCGAAGCGUUGGGCCAAGGUCUCACGGGAUGCCCAGGAGUUCACCAAGAGUUUGCUGGUGGUGGAUCCGUCCAGGCGCCUGAGUGCCCAGAGCGCGAUGGACCACCCGUGGAUAUCCCGCAAGCGCGAGAAGAUGAAGCUGGACUCGUCUGUGGUAAAGGCUCUAAGAGAGUUUGUACAGGCCUCCAAAUUCCGUCGAUGCUGCCUCGAGAUGAUCGCAUGGACGUUGUCGAGUGAGGAGCGGGCAAAAGUGCUGCGCUACUUCCGGAUGAUGGAUCAAAACAAGCAGGGCACUAUCACAUUGACGGAGCUGCAGACUGCGCUAAAGCACAAGUUCAAGGUUGACGAUGCGGAAAUCCAGCAAAUCUUCAAUACCAUGGACACCAACAACGACCGGGAGAUCCACUACUCGGACUUCCUGGCGGCCAUGGUGAGCACUCACAUAGACGUCGGCGACCACCACCUGCGCGUCGCGUUCACGAAGUUUGACGCCGACUGCUCGGGAUAUAUCACGGCGGACAACCUGAGGGAGGUGCUUGGCGACACCUUCGAGGGCGAGAUGCCCGGGGCACUGCUGAGCGAGGCCGACCUGCUGCACGACGGGCGCGUGUCGUACCCAGAGUUCGCCGCCUUCUUGCGCGGGGACCCUCUCGAGGGGGCCGAUGACGGCCUGGUGCUGCAGCGCUUCGACCAGGCGGGAGGCUGGUCCCCGCUGGGGCGGCGGAGGCCGCGCAGGGCCUGGCCCAGGCCGAGCUUCAGCUGCGCGUGGGCCUCGCCCCUUGCCGCGAAGGCACCGGGCCUCUCGCCGGCGCAGUCGCCGACUAAGCCGAGGGAGCGGGCUGCCCUGACUCUGCUCUGGCUCCUGCCGCAGCAGCCGAGGAACGGCGUGUCCGUGACCUCCGUCAUCAGCGCUCGGCCGCUGGACCUCUUCAAGCGGCACCCCGACAGAUUCCUCAUCGUGGGCGCCGGCAACGUCACCACGAAGAAGUUGGAGGGGACGCCGGAGGUUCAGCGGCUGCUGGGCAAGCCGUCCUCGAAGGCCCAGCGGAUCGUCAAGGCGGCGGAGGAGGCGAGGCUUCCCGUGCCAGACACCAUCACGGAGGACCACGUCGCUGAAGAGUUCAGGCGCCUCAUCUUAGCUGACGGCACCGACUCGGUUUACAUUUCUUCAUUGUGCGGGCGUUUUCUGCAACGGUUCAAGAAGCCAGUAACUGCGAUCAUCACCUGCAAGCCCGCCGAGUUCCUCCGCAGGUACCCUGACAUCUUCGUGAUGACGGGCGGCGGCAACGUGGGUCUGCGGGAGGUGCUUGGUCCAGACGCCGUGUCCGUGCCGCCGCCACCGCCACGCGUGCCCAAGUCGCUGCGCGACGAGCAGCUGCUGAGCGGAGAGGCUCUGGAGCAGGUCGAGCUCACGCACCAGGUUUAUUCCGACAUCGCCGCGCAGAUCAUGCAGCGGGCGCGCUUGGAGGCCACCGUGCAGAUGCUGCAGGGUGUCUGCCGGCAGGUCGAGCAGGCGUCCUUCUUGGCCUUGGAGGAGGUCGUCCUCGGCGGCGCUGCUGGCAAGGGGCUGCCCUCGGCUGGAUCUCAUGCAGAGAUCGUGAUUUUCGUGAGGCAGUUGCCGUACAAGAACUUCACCCAGUGGCUGCCGCACAUCUUGGAGACGCUCGUGCCGGUGUUCGAAUCUCAGCUGUCGGGCGAGCGCGCAGGCAAGCUGAAGGUGGAGCGCGACCACUUGCAGUGCCUGCUCCCGGGGGGCCCAGAGCUCCCGGGCGACGUGUCAGUGCAGAUCUACAUCUCGCCUGUCUUCAAGGGGCGAGAGCACUUGCUGGAGUGCAUUCGCGCCGCGCCGCCCACCGAGCGGCCCUUCUUCUACCCGGCCCUGGCGAAGGAGCGCAACGAGCUCGUGGGCAACCAGUCCGAGCAGGUGAAGACGCUCAUCUGGCUCAUGACAUGGUGGUCGUUGAAGCAGAACUGGACGUCCGCGUUGGCCGGGCCCUCCGACUGGCUGGUCGAGCUGGCCGUGGUCCACGCGUGCCGGCAGCCCGGAGGCGUGGCGGGGUUCGAUCUCGCGGAGCGCGUGGCGCGCGUUCUCGAGGUUUUCAUGAACUUCGAGUCCGUCAAGGUGUUGUGGGCAGAGACUGGUUUGGCCCUCUACGAGUCCCAGCGUCGGAUCUGGCGGCCCCUGCUCUCGCACCAGCCCCUGUUCAUGGACCCGCUGAACCCCUAUCCGCGGUCCCCCGCGCGUGACCUCGGCAGGAGCUCGUGGCCGCGGCGCAGCGGCCUGGCUGCUACAACGCCUUCAAGCGGGAGGCCGCGCACCUCGCGGCGGCUGCUGCAGACGAGGACGACGAGGACGACGGGGCUGACGGGUGAGCGCUGGCAGCGGCGACGAUGA